UGUUAUUUAAUCGGGAAGUUCGGGAACUAAACUUCAACUUUCAUUUCAACUAUCAAGUUCAAAAUAAAAUCUGAAAAUCUGACUAAUUAUUGAAACUAACAUUAAAUUUAACUUUAAUUUAACCAUACUUUAUAACAAAAUGCAACGUAUCAUCAAAAUAGGUAAAACGUUACGUAAUAAUUGGAAGAAAUCAGUUUUUGGUGCCGUUGUGCUGUUUUAUGGAGCUGCUACAGCGAAAGAGAAAUACGAAAUAAAUAUCCUGAUGCAAGCAGCAUGUAAAGAGGCAGUCAGUUAUGGUGACUCUGUUAUUCCAAUUGAUAGGAAUCCCACUCUAGUCACUGUUAUACUCAACCCUGUAGCCAACAAAAGAAAGGCGAAGAAGGAUUUUGAGAAAUAUUGUGAACCUUUGCUGCAUCUUGCUGGAUUACAGGUAGAUGUGAUUCAGACAACUUCGGAGGGCCAUGCUAAGGAGAUAGUGGAGACCUUACGGGGCACUGAAGCUAUUAUUGUGGCCGGUGGAGAUGGAACUGUGUCUGAAACAGUAACAGGUCUGCUCCGGCGAAACGACAAUGCCAACAGAUUUCCUUUAGGUGUCCUUCCAUUGGGCAGAACAAACACACUUGGCAACACCCUAUUCCCGGGCGGUGAUGGUGUAUUGAGAGUCAAACAGCUCAUACAAGCUUGUAUGGCUAUUAUAGAAAAUAACACGACUGUAAAAAAUGUAAUGAAAAUAGAACCAAUAGUAAACGAAGACGAGGUGCCAAGCAAGCCAGUUUAUGCUUUAACUUCUAUAGAAUGGGGUGCAUUCAGGGACACUCUUGCCAAAAAAGACAAAUACUGGAUAUAUGGACCUCUACGUGAAUAUGCAUCAUAUAUUUUCAAUGGCUACAAAGAUUCUUUAUGCUGGAACUGUAGCGGCACUUUGAGGUACACCCCACCCUGUUCAGGAUGCAGUAACUGUUUAAGAAAGAAGCCAGAAAUUAAAAGAAAAUGGUUUUUUAUGCCAAGCAACCAAGCUGCUCAAGAAACAGAUUUGACAAGUCUUCAAAACCCAGAAUGUACAAUGACCAAUGAGUUGUGUUUUAAAACAUGUGAUUUUAAAAUAAAACCAAAUGUUACAGAUGGGAUACCAAUUUUAUCUAUUGGUCUAGGCAAAAAUCAAUACAGUUACAUAGAAUUUGUGUCUGAAGGUUGGAAUCGCGCUAGAAAUGGAGAUGAUUUACCCGAAGUUGUAAAGGCAAGGACUGUGGAACUACAGCCAUUGGAUAGUAAUAAAGAUUUGGUCCUCGCAAUUGACCAGGAAGAGUUUGAGGUAAAGCCAGUUAAAAUAACUCUGUUACCCAAUAUGGUUAAGUUUUUUUGUAGAUCUGAAGUAAAGGGUUGAUAGAGGUAUGA